CCAUUUCCUCAAACUUUAAAGCCUGGCCCCCCGAACAGCAGGCUCCGCAUGCAGCUGCUGCUCUCUCCCUCUGACCAGGAGUCCCAGCCGGCCUUUUCCCAGAAAAGCCACCGGGUUAUAGCGUGAGUCUAAGCGCCGCAGGACCAGCGGCAGCACCGAGGCUCCCAUGGCGGCUCACGCUGCAACAGGCGCGAGCGGCGGCGCAGCGACGGGACGCAGGUGGAGAGGACGCCCCGCAGCGCUCGCGCUGCUGGCGGCGCUGCUCACCUGCUGCGUCAGGUGUGCGGAGGGCGUCAAACCGAGCAACAUCCUCCUGGUUCUGGUGGACGACCAGGACGUGGAGCUGGGGGGGAUGACGCCUAUGAAGAAAACGAAAGAGCUGAUUGGAGAAGCGGGAGCGACGUUUGUGAACGCUUUCACGGUGACGCCGCUGUGCUGCCCGAGCAGGAGCAGCAUUUUGACGGGUCGGUACCCCCACAACCACGAGGUGAGGAAUAACUCCCUUUCUGGUAACUGCUCCAGCGUUCAGUGGCAGAAAGGACCCGAAGCCGAGGCUUUCCCCAUCUACCUCAGCAAACAGAAAUACCAGACGUUCUUUGCCGGGAAGUAUCUGAACCAGUACGGCUCCAAAAGUGCAGGAGAUGUGGGCCAUGUUCCAGUGGGCUGGGACCAGUGGAACGCCUUGGUGGGAAACUCCCAGUAUUACAACUACACUUUGUCAGUGAACGGGAAAACGGAGCAGCAUGGAGACAGCUAUGAGAAGGACUACCUGACGGACCUCAUUCUCAACCGUUCACUCAGCUUCCUUGAUGACAGAAGCCCCCAGCAUCCCUUCUUCAUCAUGCUGGCGCCUCCAGCGCCUCACUCCCCGUGGAUGGCAGCGCCUCAGUACCAGAAAGAGUUCAACAACGUGCAGGCCCCCCGAGACGGAAGCUUCGACAAACCAGGAAAGGACAAGCACUGGCUGCUACGCCAGCCUGUCAACCCCAUGCCGAACAGCUCCCUUACCUACCUGGAUAACGCAUACAGGAAAAGGUGGCAGGUGCUGCUGUCUGUGGACGACAUGGUGGAGAAGCUGGUGAAGAAACUGGACAGCAUAAACGAGCUGAACAACACUUACAUCUUCUACACCUCAGACAACGGCUAUCACACAGGUCAGUUCUCGCUGCCCAUUGAUAAGAGGCAACUUUAUGAGUUUGACAUCAAGGUACCCCUCCUGGUCCGUGGCCCCGGCAUCAAACCAAACCAGACCAUACAGGCUCCGGUGCUAAAUAUCGACCUCGCUCCCACCUUUCUUGACAUCUCUGGGUUCAACCUGUCGACCGUCAAUGUGGACGGACAGUCCUUCCUGGCUCAGAUGGCUCCAUCCCUGCGGAACGGCACAGUGCGACCGUUUUUCCUUGUCGAGUACACAGGAGAGGGAAGUCCAACAAAGGACCCAUCCUGUCCUAAACUUGGCCCUGGAGUGUCUCAAUGUUUCCCAGAUUGUGUGUGUGAGGAUGCCUUCAACAACACAUACGCCUGUGUGAGGAUGCUCGACGGCAAACAGAACCUGCAGUACUGCGAGUUUGCAGACAGCGAGUCUUUUGUAGAAGUAUACAACCUGACAUCAGACCCGCACCAGCUGGAGAACAUCGUGAAGAAGGUGGAUCCGACAAUCCUGCAGGCCAUGAACCAGCGGCUCAUUAAACUACAGUCCUGCGUGGGCGACAGCUGCCGUAACCUCAAGUAAAGAGGAAGACAAAGGGAUUCAGCCAUCCUAAGAGGGAAGGGCCAUGCUCUCUGACACUUUCAGACAAGUAGACAGACAUUUUGAUUUGUUUUUGUUGGAGGAGAAAGGAGAGAAAUAUCUCUGAAUUAAAUUAAACUUUCAGCAGUUCCAACCUCCUGCUAUUGUAUCAAUCACAGUUUAUCUGGAGUUUGUUUUCGUAUCAUUAUUUAGAAGAAAAAAAAUUUUUUUUUUUUUUUUUUGCAUUAGGUCUGAGUAGAAAGAGAGAGAAAAUAGCUGCUAUGUAUCUAAAAAAUAAAAUAAAAAGAGAAGCUGCAGUGUUAAAUGGUUUAUUUGCACUUUAGAUAGUGUCAGGAUCAACCAUAAGCAUGUAUGGUCCAAUUUAUAUUUUUGGAAAAAACUGGAAAAAAAAAGUACCUUAAUGCACAAAAUUGUAAAUGAAUAUUCUGCUGUUAGCUUUCCUUGCUAACAGUAGUUAGCCAGGUCACUUAGCAAAGUAACUGGCUGGAUUUGUGACCAGCAGCUGUAACACGGGUUUAGAUUUGGUUUGAUGUCUUUCUCUCCCCACUUCAACAUCCACCUGUGAGGCAAAUUAAAAUGAGGACUAGCUUAGCAACAGUUGACCUAGCUUAGCAACAGUUGGCCUAGCGUAGCAGCAGUUGGCCUAGCGUAGCAGCAGUUGGCCUAGCGUAGCAGCAGUUGGCCUAGCGUAGCAGCAGUGGACCUAGCUAAGGAGCAGUUGGCCUAGCUUAGCAGCUGUUGGCCUAGCUUAGCAGCAGUUGACCUAGCUUAGCAACAGUGGAUCUAGCUAAGCAGCAGUCGGCCUAGCUUAGCAACAGUUGGCCUAGCUUAGCAGCAGCUAGCCUUGCUUAGUGCUGUUAAAACAUAAAAGUAAAAAGAAUAUUGUUAUUCAGCAUACAGGCAAUAAUCUAUAUCAUAAAUUAAAUACACUGGAUACACUGUUGGAAGUUUUAACAUUUAGCCACAUAAAAAAGGCUUUCAUUGGAACUUUUUUUUUUUCAACAAAUCAAAAUGUCUGCCACCUUUCUGAGCAAGGCUUUUAUAGCUUUUUGUCUUUUAAAAGCACACUUUUUUUAUCCAUGCUGUGACAUUUGUAUUGUAUAAACUGCACUAUUAAUGUUAAACCCUGUGAAUCCUGUUUGAUUAUACCUAAGACAGAAACAGAAGCUUUCAGACAAAGAUUUGCUUCUGAUAGCGAUGCAAAAACUGAAGGCCUUGUUGCUACCGUCAUGCUCUAGCCUGAUCUUUAUUGAUUCUUCAUAAAACUUGAGGGAUUUUUGUAUUUUGGGGGUUUGAUGAGAAGGUUUCUCCCCGUAUUGAAUGAAGCAGCCACCACCAGGUGGUUAGCAUAGCACACAAACACUUUGCAGAAAGGGUUCGCUGAGCUGGGUUUGCCUCCCAGGUUUAGAAUCAGUCUACUUCUAACUGAAAGCAUCCUAAGAAACUAUUUUCAGACAGACCUUAACGUCUAUUCUACUACAGUUUGAAAAAAAUAAAUAACACAACCAAAUGUGUUUUUUUGUUGUUUUUUUUCUGUCCCAACUUGUGCCUUGAGAUGUAAACCUACCUUUAUGUAU